AACAGCCAACCGGUCGACAUUAUCCAAGAAAUAUCAUCAAUCUAUAAUCUAUAUUAUCAAAUAUCCUAUUUAUCUUAAUCUCUCCUCAAUCUCUAAAUCUCAACACAAAGAUGGCUAGUGAUGGUGAUGAUAAGGUUGUUCUAUUGAAUACAUACGUGAGCAUGUUCGCGAUGAGGCCAAAAAUGGCGCUCGCUCUCAAAGGGAUUCCCUACGAAUCCAAAGUGGAAGACUUGGGGAACAAAAGCUCACUCUUGCUGGAGAUGAACCCGGUUCACAAGAAGAUCCCUGUUCUCAUUCACAACAGAAAACCCGUUUGCGAGUCUCUCAUCAUUCUCGAGUACAUCGAUGAGGUCUGGAAGGACAAGUUUCCAUUAUUGCCUUCGGAUCCUUACAAGAGAGCUCAAGCGAGGUUCUGGGCUGAUUUCAUUGACAAAAAGAUCUUCGAGUGUAUAGGGGCAUGGCUGUUUAAAAAAAAAGAUGCAAAGGACAUUAAAGAAGAACUGGUGGAGAAGCUGAAGGUGUUGGAAGGGGAGUUAGGGGAAGAGGCAUAUUAUGGAGGGGAGAAGAUUGGGUUCUUGGAUUUGGUUUUGGUUUCAUACUACACAUGGCUUCUGGCUUUUGAGAAAGAUGCAGAGUUUAGCGUUGAGGCAGAAGUUCCAAAGUUGAGUGAAUGGGCCAAAAGAUGCCUGCAAAAUGAGAGUGUGUCUACCUCUCUUGCAGACCCUUUGAAGCUCUAUGAGUUUACUCUGCAGCUGUGGGAAAGGCUUGGCAGGGGUGGCGGUGCUUAUAAUUGAAAAUUAAAUGUUGUAUGGCAAAAUCCAUUGGUCCAAUAAUGUACAACCUUUGUUGUGUUGUACAAUCGUGUAAUCUUGUUUCGUGUUUCCCAGCAGGAUAUGAAUCCUUGUGCAAUAGCAGCCAUGGAUUUUAAAAUUCAUAUUAUCAGUUUUCUUUGAAUUUAAGGUGUGUUUGAUUGUCAAGGACUUAGUGGUCCAAUGUCACCACGUGACUCCCUUAUAUGGGAGGUUGUGGGUUCAUAGGUCUAUACUCUAUUGAAAUAGAGUUAGUAAUGUAAAAAAAAGGUUUGAUUUUGAUUAUAAUAUAAUUGAGUUAUUAAUUAAG